AUGUUGGGUCAGCCCUCGCGGCUCGACCUGGGGCGCGUCCAGGGUUCAAGUGCGCGCGUCGCCCAAGAGCCCCGGCCUGGUACCUAUGACCGGAGCGUGACGUUGCUGGAGGUGUGCGGGAGCUGGCCCGAGAACUUCGGCCUGCGCCACAUGUCUUCCCUGGAGCACACCGAGGAGGGCCUCCGAGAGCGCCUGGCCGACGCGAUGUGCGAGUCGCCCAGCAGGGACAUAGUGGGAUCAGGAACAGACACAGCCGGUGAAGUAGCGGUAAAAAGCAUCACUACAAAGAGGCACAUGGCUUUGAAAUGUUUUGAGCUGCAGCGAGAGGGAAGCAUCGAGACGCUGAGUAACAGCUCGGGCUCCACCAGCGGGAGCAUCCCCCGCAACUUCGACGGGUACCGCUCACCGCUCCCGACUAACGAGAACCAGCCCCUCAGCCUCUUCCCCAGCGGCUUCCCGUGA